AUGGCAGCACACGGGACUUGUCACCUCUCGCUUGCUUGUCACCCGCUCUCGCUUCCUGUUACCACCGCACGCCCCUCCGCUUCCUCCGCCUCCUCCCCUUCCGCCGGUCCCUCCGUUCCUUCUCCCGCGGACCGUUUCCUCCGCUCCCCCGCUGUUGGGCUGGCUUCCCCUUUCCGCAGCUCCCGCGUUCUUCCGCGCGCUUCCGCGCGUGGCUUGUGUAUACACCCGCUCUCCGCCCCUCCCCUCACCCCGCGAGGAAGGAGAGGCGGGCGGGGCGGGGAGAGGGCGGGUGCGGUGAGAGUGCGCGCGGGGAGGAGUGAGACGGAGGAGGCGCAGGGUGGUGCGGGGGCUAUGCCGACUCAAGGCGUGCGCGAUUUGCGACGGCCGUACCAGUCAUCCAGCCCUUCAGAGCGAGUCAACACCUUCGUUCGAUUCUUAUAUGGCACGGCUACUUAUGCUGGGUUGGCAACAGCGGCUGUUGCUGGUGCCCAGCUGGCGGGUCUCGAUUGGUCCGGAGGCUUCCAGCUGUCGCUACAAGGAGUGCUAGACGGAUUCGCCUUCUCUGCUCCUGCCAUCGCCCUUGUUCUUGCACUCUUCCAGGAUCGAGUUGCGGAGCGGUGGGAGGUGGUGAGGGCAGUGCGCGACGCGGACGACGAGGAGGCAGAGGAGUUUUUCCAGGGCAUGGCGGCAUGGCAGUACACCAUAGUGGCUGUCUCGGCUGCACUAUCAGAGGAGCUCUUCUUCCGCGCUGCCCUGCAGGCCUUCCUGACUCGCGCCCUGCUGCUCUCCGCUGCGCCCUCCCUUGAUGCCCCGGAUCUUGGCAUGGCUGCUCUGGUGGGUGGGUUUGGAGAAGGGGGAGGGGGGAGAGGGCGUAAGAGGGGUGGAAAGGAGUGGGGGGAUGGGAGGGAGGGUGGGGGAGAAGGCAGAUAA